AUGACCUUGGUGGAACUAAAAAACGACAAAAAAAAGGCAGCAAAAUGGUGUGAAAGGUGUGAUUAUCAAUAUUUCAAUGAUUUCUCUGACUUGAUGAAUUCCAACAGGCAAAAGGUUGGUUUCAUGAUGCUACUUGAUGAUCAAAAGGCCGCGCGAUCGCCAUGGCUUCAUAAAGAACUCACUUAUGAAAAGAGUGACCGAUGCGCAAACAAAUUUAGGAAAAACGUGGAACACCUCAAAAUCUUGAAAAAUGGAUUUUAUAGUCAGCUGUGCGGAAUGGAUUAG